AUGGAGUCAAUAGUUCUCUACCCAUCACCAGCCAUCGGCCACGUUAUCGCUAUGGUUGAGCUAGGGAAGCUUAUUGUCACUUCAAAACCUUCACUCUCCGUCCACAUUCUAGUCACCACCCCUCCUUACAAAGCCGGCGACACAGCUUCCUACAUCGCCGGCGUCUCCGCCGCAAUUCCUUCCAUCACCUUCCACCACCUCCCGCCCAUCUCCCUCCCUCCCGAGCUUUUGACCGCCUCGGUGCACCACGAAAACUUAAUGUUCGAAGUCCUCCGUCUCAACAAACCAAUUGUUGCUGAGGCCCUACGUUCCAUCUCUCAAAACCACACCGUUCAUGCCUUCAUCAUGGACUUCUUCUGCGCUAGCACUCUCUCCGUGAUCUCCUCCGAUAAUCAGCUCAAAAAAAUCCCCAGUCACAUCUUCUUCACUUCUCCCGCGACUAACUUAGCUAACGUACUUUACUUGCCAACUCUUGAAAAAACCAUCCCAAAUAUCUUAAAUCUUGAUAUCGGCAACACUCUUCUCGACAUCCCUGGAUGUCCGCCAAUUCCUUUGUCGGAUAUGCCAAAAUCAUUUCAAGACCGCCGUGAUAAUAGUUACCAAUACUUUGUUGAGUCUUCGACCUACUAUCCGAAAGCAGAUGGAAUCAUUGUAAACACUUUUGAGUCUUUAGAGUCUCGAGCUCUCAAAGCCAUAUCCGAUGGACUAUGCGUGCCCGAUGCUCCCACGCCUCCGGUAUACUGCAUUGGACCAUUGAUUACUGCCGAGAAGGACAAUCAUUCACAAAUUGAGUGCUUAAAAUGGUUGGACUCGCAACCAAGAGAGACCGUGGUUUUUCUUAGUUUCGGAAGCUUAGGCUUGUUCUCGAAGGAGCAACUGAAGGAAAUAGCGGUGGGGUUGGAGAGGAGUGGCCAGAGGUUCUUGUGGGUGGUGCGUAAUCCACCGUCGCAGAAGAAAGGAAACGUGGCUUUAUCAGCCUUGCCGGAACCGGACUUGGAUUCGUUACUUCCGGAAGGGUUCUUGGACCGGACGAAAGAUAGGGGACUGGUGUUGAAGAACUGGGCCCCACAGGUGGAGGUUCUGAGUCACGAGUCGGUGGGCGGUUUCGUGACUCACUGUGGUUGGAACUCGGUGCUGGAAUCGGUCUAUGCCGGCGUGCCGAUGGUGGCGUGGCCGCUCUACGCGGAGCAGAAGUUCAACAAGGUCGUGCUUGUCGAGGAAAUGAAGAUUGCUUUGCCUAUGAUGGAGACUAAUCGGGACGGAUUUGUGAGCGCUGGUGAAGUCGAGCGGCGAGUCACUGAGUUGAUGGCGGGUUCCGAAAGCGGUAACUCGAUACGGAAGCGUGCGUUGGCAUUGAAGGAUGAAGCCAGAGCUGCUAUUACCGAUGGUGGGUCGUCUCGGGUUGCACUAACGAAACUCACUGAAUUGUGGAAGCGUGGGUGAGUUAAGAGUGUUAUAACAAAAUGAGUCCAAAGGCAUAUUCCCUUGUCUCACGUAUGGAAAAUAUGCUUAAAAGUCUUAGGCCUAUACCAAGCUAGUGUAAUGUUGAACAAAAACUAUGGAAGAUGAGCGAAGCUUAAGUGAGGCAAUAGUUAAUAAAAGUGUGUGUCUAGUGUGAGAGAAAGUGUCGGCAAUAAAAAAAAAAUAUUAAUUUUUUUAGUGUAAUCUUUUGAGUGUUUUCUAGUGUGUAAUUUAGGGUCUUAUCUAUAAAUAAUUUUAAUUUAAUAAAAGUAG